CUCCCCCACGACGCCACAAGGCAACCCUAUCAAUGUCUCUUUCUGUCGAUAAAGACGAUAUCUCCCCUCUAUAUAUACACAGAGAGAGUCUCCUUCCUCUAUCUCAUCAGUCAUCAUCAUCAUUUGAGCUCAAAAUUCAGUUUUUAAUGGAGACACCGGUCGAAUUUUCCACACUUGAUCUCCUUAGACAACACCUUCUUGAUGAAUUCGAAAUCCCCGCUCCUCCUCCUGUUGAUGCGUUAUCAAAUAUUGAACUAGACGACCAUUUCAUCUCAGAUUUUGACUACCUAAAUUGGUCUACAACAAACGCUUCUUGUGAUUCUUCCACCUCAUGGAGUUCAUCAUCUUCAGUUUCUAAUAAUCUCAACUCCAAUGAAAUCAUCAACAACACCCCUGACGAUGUCUGUCAUUUUAGUGUAUUCGAUUCCAUUAAUUUUUCGGUUUUUGAGUUCAAACCUGAUGUAAUGGAAACAACAGUUAAUCCGUCAAUGAAGAUGAAGAAGACGGAGAGGAAGGAUGAAGGACACUACAGAGGCGUCCGGAGGCGGCCGUGGGGAAGAUAUUCCGCCGAGAUCCGAGAUCCAUGUCAACGUGGAAGAAGGAUUUGGUUAGGGACGUACGACACCGCCAUUGAAGGUGCAAAAGCUUAUGAUAGAGCUGCGUUUAAUAUGCGUGGAAGAAAAGCCAUUUUAAACUUUCCACUGGAAAUUGAGAAGAAUCAGAGGGAACAAGAUGAUGCUGCUGACGCGGUGGUGAAUCGGAAUAGCCGCCGGAAAAGAUCCAGACACUCGGUGGAGGUUAAGACGGAAACGACAAUGUCAUUUUCUCUUCAUCAAUAAUCAAAUUGAAUUUAAUGUAAAAAAUAUAUAUAUUCUAAUCGUAUGUCUGAUUCACUCGGCAAAUUUUUACACUCAUGAUUACGUAAUUUAAUUUUACAAAAAUCAUCCCCA